AUGGACAAUAAACUUACUGCUAUAUGCGAUCCUUAUCUUAGAUUUCCAGAACUUAUUGGAGAAAUGACGGACACAUACCUUGAUAUGGUUGAUACAUACUUUGAGGAUUACAUUGCGUCUGACGCAUCUAAGAAGUGCAAUUUCAUAGAUGACAGUAGAAUUAAGGAAAAAUUGAUAACGUCUACUUUAAACGAUCAUAUCAGAAGGAAGCUGAAUAAGCAUAAGGACUGGACUUUAGAUGAGAUGAUAAAAUUGGGACUUGAGUUAGAUGGUGGUAAUAUUAAACAAGACGUUAGCGAUACAAAUUAUGUAGACAAUGAUAAAAAUAAAAAAAUUUAUAAUUCAAAUAAUGAUAAAAUACCAUGCAAAAAGAAAAUAAUUUUAUUGGACGUAACACUCGUAGGGAAAAUUUUGAUAAGAAGAGGAAUUAUAAUGAUUUUAGGCCUACAGAUAAUGCUAGCCGAAACUAUCAUAACAAUAAUUUUCGAGACAGUGAGGGUCUCUAUAAAUUUUCGUAAUAACCAAUCUUCGAACAACAAUUCAAACAAUUACGGAAGAAACUCCAUGUGGCACAACAACAAUAAUGCAAACAAUUAUGAUAGAAACAAUGCCUGGCAAAACAAUAACAAUUCAAACUAUAACGGAAGAAACUCCAGGUGGCACGAUAAUAGCAAUUCAAACAAUUAUGAUAGAAAUAAUGCCUGGCAUAAUAAUAAUAACUUUGGGAGAAACAUCUUUUGGUCUUACAACAACCAAAGAAAUCAGAAUCAAUAUGAUGAUUGA